GAGAACUUCAUUUCAUGGUUCAGAUUAUUUUUGGAAAUAUCAAAAAAAGGAAUUAAGUUUAUUUGAAGAACAACAACGAAAACAAUUUUUUCACUGAUUACUUUAUUUACUUAAUUAAGACUCCUAAACAUUAGCACAUGCCAACAUCGAAUGAAACAUACAUCUAUCCUGAUCCAUGCCCACAACAACAACAACAACAACAAACGACUAAAAUGCGUUCACCUAAUUCAAUUGAACAAAAUCAUACAGAAUCAAUGAAAGAUUUAGCGGAUUGUGUUGAACAAAAUGGUGGUCUUAGGGGAUAUUUAUCUAAUGAAUCCAUUCAAUGUCCCAAUAAUAAUAAUAAUAACGAUAAUCCAAAACAAACUAGUAUAAACGUAAAUACAACAAUGAAUAGUAUGAAUGAUAUUACUAUGACAUCGGAUCAGCAUAGCAGCAGUAAUAGUACUACAGGUGGUUGUGUUACUGGUAUUGAUGGAGAUCGAGAUGGAGGUGGUGUUAAUCAAUUUGGUAAGAAAUUUUCAAAAACCAAUUAUUCCACACACAAUCACCCUCAUCAUCAUCAAUCACAACUGCAUCAAAAUGGUAAUGCGGGUACAGGAGCUGAAAAAAUGUCAAGAACAAAUUUAUACAUAAAAGGAUUACCAGAAAAUUUUGAUGAUGAACAAUUAUGGCAAUUGCCACCUGAUCAAACAAAAAUCAAAUCGGUAAAAGCAGCCACUGAUGAAGAUACCAAAUGUCGGGGAUAUGGAUUUAUUGAUUUUGUCUCUGAAGAUGCUGCCAAUGAAGCAUUACAACAAAUUAAAGAAACUCAUCCAUCAUUUACAAUUAAAUUUGCAAAGGAAAAUGAAAAAGAUAAAACUAAUCUUUAUGUGACAAAUCUUCCAAGAACAUGGACAACAAAAGAUAGUGAUCAAUUGAAAGCAGUAUUUGAACGAUUUGGUCAUAUACAAUCAGCAUUUGUUAUGAUGGAACGCUUAACCAAUAAAACAACUGGUGUUGGUUUUGUACGGUUUGUCAAUGAACAAGAUGCAGUGAAUGCUUUAGAAUCUUUAAAAUUGCAUCCACUCACUUUACCUGAUUGUUCUGUUCCAGUUGAAGCAAAAUUUGCUGAUAAACAUAAUCCAGACACAAGAAGACGACGUUAUCCUGUCACAGCAACGACUGCAGCAGCUGCGGCAGCCGCUGCUGCCGCCGCCGCCGCUUCAGCAACAAUGAUUGCUAAUGUUAAUUAUAAUAAUCUAUUGAAUUGUCCUUUAUAUACAGCACCGAAUGGUCUAACAUUAACAUCACAUGAUGCUUUAGCAUCAUUAUUAAAUACAGGUUUAGUUAGUCCAUCGAUUGUCAAUAGCCAAUUAGCAAAUUUCUCCGCUUUACAACAAAAAUCCACAACAGAUUUUACAUCACGUUUUAAUUCCGAAUUAUUAAAUGGUUUUAUACAACCAACUAAAUUUUCUAAUGAUUCGUCGAACAAUACUACUUGUAAUAAUACUACUAACAUUAAUCAUUAUAAUCAUAACAAUAGUAUAAAUAACAAUAAUACUAAUAAUGCUAAUGGUUUAGUUACUGAUUUCAAUGGUGGCGGAACACGUGAAUCAAAUUUAGCUGCACUGGCAGCUGCUGCAGCCGCUGCGGCAUCAACUAUAUUCUGUGGAUCACCAACAACAAAUAAUUUCAUGAAUAAUUGUCUACGUUCUAAUCCUACUGUAAAUGGUGCACCGAAUUUAAACACUGGAUUAUUAUCAGCUAAUCAAAUUGCUCUACUUGGUACACCGACUAUUCCUUCUCCAGAUACAAAAUUAUUUGAUCCUAGUUUAUAUGGAUGUUCAUUAUACGGGACUGAUUACUUUCGCCCACAACAGCAAUCUCAUCAGCAUGCACAGCAGCAACAGCAACAACAACAGUCCCAUCAACAAUCGCAAAAACAACAACAACACUUACUCUCCGUUGCCAUGGCAGCCAUGGCCAAUCCGGCUUUACAAGGAUGUGUUUAUCCAACAACAGCUGAUCUAAAUACUACUUUCAAUGCCACUUAUCAUAAUUUUUUGAAUUCACACAAUUCAACAACUAUUCCAAUACAAACUGAUCCAAUUGGUAAUUGUUUAACUGGUACACCAGAGAAUAUUACUCUGAAUGGUACGAUUUAUGCUAAUCAUCCUCAUCAAUCCCAACAACAACAAACACAACAACAAAGUAAUUUACUUCCGUCAACACCAAUUCCAGGUUCCAUAACACAUAUUCCUGAUGCAUUGAAUAAUAGUUCUAGACCAGAGAGUGGAUUAUAUCAAUGGUUAAUACCAAGCCAUUUACUUAAAACCAACAGUAAUAAUAAUAGUAAUGCCAAUAAUAAUACUAAUAAUGAUUGUCAUGUGACAAUACCGGCUUCACCAGCGUUUUCAUUGAAUCCUGCUAAUCAUUUAAUUGGAUUAGAUAAAGCUAAUCGACAUGUGCAAAUGUUAUUAUAA